CAAUUAUUCGACCAUUGUGUGCCUUAAUUUAUUAUUUGUUUUUUUGCACCCUAUACUCAAGUUCUUAAAGCUCCAUGCCUUUGCACGCCUACAGUCAAUGGACCCUGACCAUCACUGAAGAUCUUUAUUGCCGCAGUCACUUUUCCGCCCACUGGUUUCGUCCGCCAUUAUGUGCCCUGCACAUUCACGUUAACCUGUGAUACGUGCGAAUUCUAUGCCUUCCUUGCUGUUCUUAUUUACUUCCGAUGCCUAUCUGCGUUUGUUUUCAACUUUACCAUAUACCGUGACAUCCAACGUCAGUUGUCAACUAGUUUUAUCGCCAUUACCACAACAUCAUUUAUAUUCCGCUUACUACUAUUUAUUCAGUAAUUAAUGUUGGAUAUUACAAUGGAACAAACAGAUGAAGAUAGAUGGCCAAGGACUGAUAAUAUACUUAUGGCAUUAUCAGAAGACGUACGACCUUCACUCGAAUGUGAUACGACUGAAGAGCAACGACGAAUUGAUGAAAUUAAAUCUGCAACCGUUCAGCGUAAUAUACAGUUAUGUUUGGAUGACCUUGUGAUACCCUUGCAAAACGUUCCGGGUUUGCUAGAAACAGAAGAAGUGCAAACAUCAGCCGAUACCGUUGACAUGCUAAAAAAAGUUGCGGCAUCUAAACGCAUUCAAGUCGGUAUUAUGUCUAUUAAAUCCACAUACGUGGAUGGAAAUUACUAUGCUUCACAAGAAGCAUACAUUUCUCGGACCGUUGAAGAGAUAUUGUCUUGGGACCCCAUCACCACACCACCUAAAGCAAAUACUUAUACGGCGGGUUCAGUUGCAUAUUCGGCGGAUGGACAAUGUUUUCUGCGUGGGUUCGCCAAUCCUGAACUCGAUGGAAUUCUUAUAGAAUGCAGUAGACUUGCUAUACUACCUAGAGACCGUAGUACUAUAAAGCUUUACGCCACAUUGGCUAUAAAUAGUGAUGGUAAUCCAAUAUUCAAACCUCAUCAUUUUCAUGUUUUCUCUAAAUUUUUUUGAUUUUCAAUCACUUAAUUUUGUUGUAAAACAAAUGAUUUAUUUAUAAACAUAAAAUUAUAAUAUAAUUGGUAUGAUUGUAGUCUAGAUUAUUUUGAUACAUACAAGUAAAUUGAUAAAAUAUACACAAGUUUAUUUAAAAACUA